GAGCGUCGCACAGAGCGAACGUUCGCUUAACUUUGUAAUUUAACGCGGAAAUAAGCACCGAACCUGAUACUAAAACUGAGAAAUAAAAAAUUAAUUUAUAUAUAUAUAUAAAAGACGAGAAAAAAUAAUAAUCUUAUAAAAAUCGUUGAGCUUGCAACGACGCUAUGAGAGCUGGUGACAAUGAAGAGAAUCUCUACCGCGAGCAGUUGCCGAACGUGGGCGCUCUUAUCGGAGAGAGUGGACGAAAGUUGUGCCGGCCCUCGACCAUUACCGGAAAAUUCCCAAUACUGCGCUGGCUGCCACAUUACCGUUCGGCAUAUGUGGUGCAGGAUUUCAUAGCCGGCUUCACGGUCGGCUUGACAACCAUACCUCAGGCCAUCGCCUAUGGCGUAGUGGCUGGACUGGAGCCGCAAUAUGGCCUCUACUCGGCAUUCAUGGGCUGCUUUACAUACAUUGUGUUCGGUUCCUGCAAGGAUGUGACCAUUGCCACGACGGCCAUUAUGGCUCUGAUGGUCAAUCAGUAUGCCACGAUUAGUCCGGAUUAUGCGGUGCUCGUUUGCUUCUUGGCGGGGUCGAUUAUUCUAGUGUUGGGCCUGCUAAAUAUGGGCGUGCUGGUGCGCUUCAUAUCGAUUCCCGUUAUAACUGGAUUUACAAUGGCCGCAGCCACCACCAUUGGCAGUGCACAGAUCAACAAUCUCGUUGGCCUCAAGGGUCCCUCGAAUGAUUUGCUGCCCUCGUGGAAGCAUUUCUUUACGCAUCUGUCCUCGAUCAGACUCUGGGACGCAUUGCUGGGCGCUGCAACUUUGGUCUUUCUGCUGCUCAUGAAGCAAUUGACAAAGAUCAAGUGGGGCAACAGGUUGGUCUGGAAGUAUUUGUCUCUGUCGCGCAAUGCAUUGGCCGUCAUAUUUGGCACUUUCCUGGCCUACAUACUCAGUCGAGAUGGCAAUCAGCCAUUCCGGGUGACGGGCAAUAUCACAGCGGGAGUUCCACCAUUUCGAUUGCCGCCCUUCAGCACAACUGUCGAUGGGGAGUACGUGUCCUUCGGAGAUAUGAUAAGCACAGUGGGUGCAUCCUUGGCAUCUAUUCCAAUGAUAGCCAUACUCGAGAUUGUGGCCAUAUCCAAGGCGUUCUCCAAGGGCAAAAUUGUGGAUGCCUCGCAGGAGAUGAUCGCCCUGGGCAUGUGCAAUAUCAUGGGUAGCUUUGUGCUCUCCAUGCCUGUGACAGGUUCCUUUACCCGCACGGCCGUCAACAAUGCCAGCGGGGUGAGAACCCCCCUAGGAGGCGCUGUGACGGGUACUCUUGUGCUAUUGGCUCUCGCCUUUCUCACCCAAACAUUUUACUUUAUACCCAAAACGACGCUGGCAGCGCUCAUCAUAGCAGCUAUGAUAUCUCUAGUAGAGCUGGAGAGAAUUUCAGAUAUGUGGAGGUCAAAAAAACGCGAUCUCUUUCCCUUUGUGGUGACAAUCGUGACCUGCCUAUUUUGGAGCUUGGAGUACGGCAUAGUCUGUGGCAUUCUGGCCAACCUCAUCUAUAUACUCUACAGCAGUGCUCGACCGCAAGUGCACAUAACGCUUGAGAAGAUCAAUGGCCAUGAAGUUGCUCUGGUCGACGUCAAACAGAAACUGGACUAUGCCUCGGCCGAGUACCUCAAGGAGAAAGUUGUGGCAUUCAUUAAUGAGCAGGAUUGUAAAAUACAUUUGGUGGUGAUCAAGGGCCAGGAAAUUAAUUCCAUAGAUUACACAGUGGCUAUGAACAUAAUAUCACUCUGCGGCGAUCUUAAGGCACUUAACUGUGAAAUGAUCUGCUGGAACUGGAACAUUGGCUCUGCUGGCGUCGUGUGUCGCCUCCAAAGUGAUAUUCGUUCCAUAUUUAAGUUUGACUACGAGCUGGAAGAGCUGAUCGCCUCUCACUUCAACACAUCGAAUACAGCAUCCACUGUAACCAUUGAGACCGCACAGGGCCAGGUUAAUGAGGCGUAGAAGUACCCUUGGUCUACCCAUUCAGGAUCACAGUAUUUUUUAUAUAUGAUUAUUUAUAUGGAGCAUGUACUUAGAAAAGUUU